CUACGCUGAGCUAGGCCUUCAGACGCUCGUUCCGGGAGAGAUACCCAGAGUUACAUUCGGUAUCGGAACCGUCAUCCACAAGGAGUUUUGCCAUGCCCGGAGGGAUGAUAACCGGUACCGGGUUGCACGAGGUACGCGGUUUUACCGUAUCAAGCUGAAGCCGGUUAAUCUGAAUCGGAAAAGUAAAGGUCGUUCCAAUAAAAUUAGUUCCAGUGGAGGUAUUAGUUCGAGAACAAUGGAAAGUUCUUUGCAGCAACAACCGGAUCGGGCAGUCGUCACCGUCACUACGAUUCCGAGCUCAACUCAAGCCAACCGGUUGAUCGAUUCAUUCGCACAAACAGAAGUGCCGAGCACGACGUCGCCCUCGUUGACGACUACGUCCUCGUCGACGUCGACAGUGGCGGGGACUACGGCGACGAGCGGUACGACGCUGAUCGGUUCACCCGGUUCGCCGACCGGAUCGAGCCGCGAUAUGACGGACUCCGGGGUCGUACGUAGCAGUUAUCGGGAACGCAAUAUUAGCAUCACGGAUGAGGACGACAUUCCGCCGGUGAUCGGUUCGGAUGGUAGCAUCGAUCGCAUACGCUAUCAGAGUGUCUGCGAGGAGGACGAUCCCACCGGUGGUGACGAUGAUGGCGAUGAUGAUGAGCUAACGACCGACGAAGGCACAGGCGGUGGCGGAAGUGCAACGCAGGAUUAUCUGUCAUACUACAAGAGUGCUACUGACACUUCCAUCGUCACCGUUCGCACCGAGCUGGCGGUAGUAGACACUUCGCAGAUCGCUGCUUCGACGGAACUGAGCUUUGGGAACAUUAGCAACGAAACCAGCGUUAGCAGCAGCACUACCAGCCAUCAUCAGCAACAGCAUCACUUGCUUUAUGCCACUAACAAUCCACCUGGGGUCAUACCAGACGAUGUAAGCGAUUCGGCUGACUCCGAGUAUCGAUCACUGGAGGCAAAUGAUCCGGAGGAUGAGAGCGACGGUGUGGCGGUCCCUUCACCACUGCCAACAAGCAAGACGAGCUCCGAGACCGUAUCGUAAAGCUCCUUCAAGAGGCAUUCGCUGUGCAGCUCCUCUCGCGCUCUAGACUGAGAUAGAUUUAACCGCCUUGUUUGAGCUUCUGCCUCCGUAUAACAAUCGGCCCUUUUCGUAUGUGAUUUGCAUGGCGAAUGCAUGUGCACUGUCGGUUGCGCGUGUGUGAUUUGGGUACGUUUGCUUCUGGCUAAAAUUGUUUAUCUUGCUCGGUUCCAUUGGGUGCAAUAACUUAAUCUUCGUUCUCCAGUGCAUCUCAUAUCAAUGAGUAAGUUUUACUUUCUUUUUAAAAUUUCUGUGCUGGAUGUUCACAGUUGUCUGCCAACCACAUGGUUUGUGCAAUAACAUCUAUUUUCUAUCCGUUAUCAGAAACAAACAAAAUGUGUGCAGACCUUUUCAAGUGUACCCUCUUAACAUUCUAUGUAUUGCGUGUGUAUCUAAAUGAUAGUCUAUCAAUAUGUUUCAAUUUAUACCGUCACAAUGAAAGAAAAAUUUUAAACUAUUACUUUUAAACAUCAGAAUCAUUAUUCGCGAUAUUAACGAUAGUUUUCAUACAUUUUGUUACUGCAUCAGUUACCUUACCAAGUAGGAGAGAGAAGCUUCUUGUUUGUUUUUAUCGUGGUAUAAUAGAUGAUGUAUAAUCUGCAAACACGGUAGAGCGAUAUAUAUUUUUUUGAAUUAAACUGUUUUAUUUGCUUUGGGGUUUCCAACAAAAAAAAUUACAACAAUCUACACCCCUAGUAUCCGUUCUAACCCGUUUGAACUGUUAGAUCAAUAUGAGUUGGAGCUGUAACAAUGCUACAUUACGUUGUUCUCUAACAAUUUGCAAUCAGCACUCUUUCUUAUUAAAACGAAACCUUUCACGCACUCAUAGCAAAGCAUUCUUGUUUGCUAACAAACAUGGAGUGUUUUGUAAGAUUGUUUAUCCCAUCGAUUUUCAUCGGGAGAAUUCAUAUCACUCCGUUGUACUUCGUUUGGAGAUAAUUUCAUGCACACGAAGCAUCUGUUAGCGCACACACUAUCGGCACCGAUGGCUUUCGAAUCGUCGGCCGCUGACGGAGACUUGUUUCACAACUAAUAGACUACUGGCGAAAAUGUCACAACUACUGGUGAAUCGUUGGCCGAGUGUAGACGACUAUGGUAACUGUAGAUCAAGUGAGGCAAACGGAAGAAAAAUUAUGAAACAAAUAUGAUAGAAUUGGUGGAGCAAAAAUGAAUAACAAAACCAACAAAAAACCAUUAAAAGGAUCGAAAACUCACAGAAAAGUUUUAGCAUGUAAGUAAGCGAAGUGAUCUUCGAAAUAGCCGAUAAGGAACUUAAAGAAAACUAAAAAAGAAUUUACGCUUAUCGGUAAAUGGCUGCCGGGGACCUGAAAAGAAAUGGAAAUGUCAUAUGAAAGCUAUGUCAAAGCAACGCAAAAACAAAGGGAACCGUGUGGAAUAUGUUGCGAGAAUGUGGUUAGCAAUAUGUAAGCAACGCGAAAGAUGAUAGAAUGCUGGUAAUGAUGAAUCGAUGGUGUUAAGGCUUGUGUGUACGUGUGCAUUACCUAUCAGGAUCAGGAUUGGGCAGCAAAAGGAAGAUCGUGAUUGUUAUAGCAAAGCAAAACUAGUUGAGUGGUUUUGCAUUUCUGAAACCUAGUAGCGCUGAUGGUAAGAUUCGAAUGUUAAGAGUUGGUUAAGUAGGAAUCGCCUCGGAAUGUAUUGGCUGUCGGGUACUACUGCCCAGUAGAAAGAGCACUAGCACGAGUAAUGUAUCGAAUAGUUGGUUCGAAACGUAAACUCGGCGAUCUUUGUAGGGACGGUCAGAAGCAGAUAGAAGGUAUCGGUCCCGCAGCCAUAACUGUGCUAACUUCAUAGUGUGUAAGUCAGAGAGAGGGAGUGGUACAUCCGAAACUGAAGGGCAAUUUCUUGGGGCGAGUUAUGCGAGAUUUAAUUGCAAGGUUUUAAGGUUAAUGCAAUCGCUACUAUUGCUACCAAGUUUACUAUUACUGUUCAACGACAAACUGCAAUCGCAACUGCUCUGCUCCUUCACCAGAAAACAAAAGGAUCUGUUUGGAAGCAAAAGAGAAGAUAUCUAGUGGCAGGGAGCCAUGCUCUAGUGGAAAAGAGAAUACGAACAAAACAAAAAUAGUGUAUAAAUAAAAGGAAUCAAACAAAAAACCAUACAGCUUUUCCUCUCUCGCUGUGUACUCCAGACACGUUGUUCUUCUUCGCAGACGUUGAGAAACAAGCAACAAGCCACCACCAGACCUCGCGAUCUAUCGGGUUUUCUGCACAUCAUGUGCUGUUACUGCCACGAUGCUGCCUCAAAAGGAUCGCAAAGGUUUUUGCUCAGACUUUCUGCCCGUGUUUUGAACCUCUGAUCGCCUAUAAUUGUAUCUCCUAACGAGAUCUCCCAUGAUCAUCGAAGCGGAGAGGAAGAGACGUGACCCCACACCACCUUUUUCACCUGUGAAUGGUCGCAUGCUCGCUCCUCUUUAUAAUCUCCAGAGGACCGGAGACGAGAAUUCGUACACGCGGACAUGGAACGACAUGGUCCUCCAUUUUAUGUAAACAUGAUGAUUAGGGGGUUCGAGACCGUUCCUCGAUUGCAUCUGUUUCGAUAUCCUUUUUUAACUGAAUUCUGGCAGGCAAAAUGGGGCAGCAUCAGACAGAACAGGGAGAAGAGGAGAGGUGGCGAGCUGCAUCCCCUGUGGCUCGUUAUUCGAUGCUAACCUGAAACCGUGCAAUUAUCUGGACGAGUUGUAGCGAUCUCCCGUUGGCUGAAUUGGGCUGGUGCAUUGCGAGCGUGUAUUGCGGAGUAUAAGAACGCAACGCGAACAUAGGGAAACGAGGAAAGGCUAAACAAACAUUUCGAUCGUCGAUAAAUUUAUGGUCAUGUUCCUAUAGACAAUAGUGCGUAGCACAACCGCGCGGUGCAAGCUGCUCCACUUCCUGCGCGGCUUUGCAUGUUAGAUAGAAUCUCGUGUGGAUCGAGGAUCAAACCGCGUACAUCUGAGUGAAGGUUUAUUGCAACAUGAAACUCCAAACUUUGUGCUCUCAAUUUUUUUACAUCCGACAUGUUAAUGGGCAGCCAUAACGAGUGAAUCCAGCUCGGCGUACUGCGCGCUCUGUCUAAGGAUUUCCGUGUUCAGCGAAUGUUCCAUCACACCAAUCUUGAUAU